AUGCCCCUUCAGUUGGCAAAGCUGCGCAGCAAGGAGCCAGUUGUUGUUCCAAGUGACACUGAAUACAACUCCGACAUUGAGGUUCUCGAGGAUCUUCCCAUCAAAGCAUCUGACAAGGGCCAAACUCUUGUCCCUGGUGAUGCUGAUCACAGUGGUCGUGUGACAGCAUCACUAGCUCCAGCCUUACAGGCCACUUCAGCUGUGCAGACUCUGCCCUCCGAGACUCCAACUCUAGCUGCACAGACCCUGCCCUCCAAUGUUCUGAUCCCGACCAUCGAGUUAGAUCGCAUCUCAGCUCCUGUCCCUUUAUUAUGCGAGGAGGCAGAUGAUGGAUUAAAUGAUGAAAAGGGGAACCACAACUUCUAUAUGCAUGUCCGUGACAUGGAUGGACAUGUAACUGGUGCUUACAAGAAGGAUCCUGGUCCAUCUCAUGUUAUGGUGCCAUCUCUUGGCCCUGUCGUUGAUGCAUUUCUUGAUGCGUUCAGAUUCUCUGUCUCCUUUUGCUUUGAGGUGCAACAUGCCUUUGAGAUCUAUGAUGGCAUUGAUGACUUUUCAAUGUACAUGGAGACAACCCCCGAGAAGGAGGCCGCUGCUGCGAAGUGGCAUGAGAAUAAAGGUAAGAUCAACGAUGUUGUCAACGCUGUUGUGCAGAUCUGCUGGGACAAGGCAGCCAAGAUCCACAAAGAGCUCCAGGUCCUAACGCCAAAGAAAUUUUACAAGCUUAUUGUCCAGCGCAGAGGAAAGAAGCUUCCCGCGAAGGCAGUUAGUCGGUGGAAUGCAUAUCUUUGUAAAAAAGCACAGGAGGUUGCAGCGAGACUUUCGCCUGAUGCGAACCGUCCAAAAAUCUUUGACAUCGCACGUGAAGCAGCAGAUGAGUGGGCAGACAUGUGCGAAGGAGAAUGCAUCAAGGCCACAAAAGGCAUCAUUGCUGAGAUAGAGGAGUUGCGCGAGAACCAGAAGUAUGUGAUGCACAGCACGGAGAUGGCCAUGUUCCAUGAUGUAAGAGCAACGCUAAAUCGGUGGGAUGACGAGCUUACGGCGCUGAACAGUUGCACGGGCCAUGAGAUCUUCUACUGCGGGGUACGCCCAGACUUCUACCAAUAUACGAGGCCACGCAUGUUUGCGACAAGCAAGAACGUCGAAGAGUUCUUUCCUCUGUGCCUGAAGAUGGAUUGUGAGAAGUUCGCAAAGAAGAUGGAGUGCUUCAUGCUUGCUGGGGUUGAAGGUGCAAAGACCAACCACUAUCAGGAGCUUUGUUGCGAAGCUUGUCCUCAAAAAGUUCUGUGCCGUGGCUGCACCAAAACCUAUCGGAAAAAUCAACUACAAGACAUUCUCUUCUGCCCUGGCUCCAUCAACUCUAUGCCCGAACUCAUCAUUCUCAAGUCUGCCCCCGAGUCCGGUGCCACUAGCUUUUGCAAGCUCAGUGCCAAAGAACUGGAAGCAUGGCGCAAGGAACAGUUCGAUCAGCUGAUCACAGAGCAUGACACAAUCGAGCAGGAGACAGCAGAGCCAUGGGCGACAUCUUUGUCCCUCAUUACCUCACUGUCAGCCACCUCUACUGAUGAUGUGCUAUCAGUAGCAGCUUCUGUUGUGCCACCACCAACGCUUGCCACCGCUAUCGCUGCGCCACCACCAGUGCCUGCUACCGCUACUGCUGUGCCAUCAUCGGCAGUCCCCAUCAUUGUUGCGCCGCCAUUAGCACCUGCUGCCACUGUUGUGCCACCAUUGAUGGCUUCCUUUAUGAUGCCGCCCGCACCUGCCACCACCACUGAACCAUCUAUGCUCUCGUCUUCUGUCUCUGCUGCCUCAUUGUCUUCUGUCUCUGUGACCUCGUUGUCAUCACUCGUCUCAUCUCUAUCGCCGUCGUUGCCAUUCACUACUGCUUGCCUCCCUUCGCCCUGA